GUAGACUGUUUUGCAUUGAGGAUGUCAAUGAUUGCAUGAGCGACAGAGUGAAACAGUGGCAGAAGCAGAAGAACGAAGAGAACACGAGAUGCGUGCAGAGAGUGGAGAGUGAGAGCUGUUGGCGGUUGUACACGAACAGUCAGCAUGUGGAAGAGCAGUCAAGAAAGACAUGGGUGAAUGUUCGCGAGCUGCAGGACCCAAGAUGCUUUAUGAAGGAUGUUGCUGCUGGAGUGUUGCGAGCCAAGCAUCAUGUGGAUGAGGUGCAUGCUGCGCACUGCGUGUUUUCGGUGGAAGAUCUUCGUGGUGAUGCUGCUCUUGAUGAUCGUAGGGUGAUGACGAUUUUGCGAAGAUGUCAUGAGAACCUUGGUCAUCCUUCCCCAGCCCGAAUGAAUAUGCUUCUCAAAGCGGCGCAUGCGAGCGAGAGGGUUCUCAAGUUAGCGAGAGGUCUGGAGUGUGAGGUUCGUGACAUGAAGGUGCACUUCCUGAACAUAGUUGAUGAGGUGAACAAUGCAGUGAACAGCAUGACUCGAAAGGUUGGACAGCUUGUGUUUUUAUGGCGCAAGAAUCGCUUUGACAAUCGUGCUCACUGGCAUGGCCCUGCAGUUGUUAUCGGCAAGGCUGGAACGUCGAAGAUUUGGGUCGCAAAGGGUACAAAGGUGUAUCGUUGUUGCCCUGAACAGCUGCGUUGCUUGUCACCUGACCAAGAAGCAAUGGUUAAGUUGUUACCUGCUGAUAUGGUGCAUAUCAGGGGUCAAGUGAGUGCUAAAGGUGCAGGCAAUUUUCAUGAUUUAAGCAUGUUGGAGCGCCCUCCCGAUGCUGAACAUGAAGGUGUCGUUACUCCGGCACCGGAUGAUGAGGUGAACAUGGGAGCUACGGGUGUUGGAUCCGUUCCGUUGGAGUCGAGUGAACCAAUGGAAGCAGAGAACACUGAAUCGGGCGCAAACAACGACGAGCGCGAUGCAAGCGAACAGGCGACACCACCAAGGCAAGCAGAAGGAGAUGAAUCUCCUACCAAAAGGGCGCGGUUCAUGCCAGGUGCCACUCAGCUGGUACAAAUGUUGAGAACGGAUCCUGACUUGCUUGAUCGAGGCCGUGCGAGAGCAUCGUCGUCACAUGCAGCACCAAGUCAACAAAGUGCAGCCGAGAUUCCAGUUCCUGGAAUCGAUGAAGCAGAUGAUGAUCUUGAAGUGUUAGUGACUGAUGCAGAUCGUUGGAUUGUGAUGCAUGGUCGUUCCAAGCUUGUGCGCGUUGUCAGUGUCGAGAGGAAAGGAGUUGUGGUGCCUGAUGAGGACGAGUUGCCAGUUAGGCUUCAGGAUCUUGAAGAGGAAUGCUGCUUGAUUGGCUUUGAUCGUCUGGGAAGCCAAGUGUUCAAGGAGUGCAACUGGAAGCAACCACAAGACCAUGGGUUGUUGGUGCGUGGAGGUUUCUGGACAGGUCGUGUCGAGUUCCGUCUGACGCCUGGUUGGCAGGACAAGGCAGUUACAUUGAAGGAGUGCCACGAGGUGAAUGUGAAGAAGGGCAGGAAGGAACUGAAUGAUCAUGAGGUGCCAAAGGAUCGCAGAGGCGGUUUGGACAAGGCCAAGGUGAAAGAGUGGACUAAGUUGGUUGACAGUGGAGCCAUUAAGGUCCAUUUAGGAGCAACCGCUCAGCGCAUCAAACAAGGUCUGGAGCGAGGUCGAUUGCUAAAGUCUCGCUUUGUGAUCACUGAAGCGGACAGAGGAAGCAGUCCUCUGACUCAAGACCUGAAGGCUCGCUGGUGUGUGCGUGGUUACCUUGAUCCUGAUUUGCUUCAGUUGGACACCGCGGCGCCUACGUUGUCAAGUGAAGGUUUUGCGAUUGCGAUGCAGUUGCUGGCAUCAAGGAAGUGGAAGCUGAACAUUGCCGAUGUUGAAGGUGCAUUUCUGCGUGGUGAUGCUCUUGAUCCACAGAGAGGAAGAAUCUUCAUCGACUUACCACCCGGGGGUGUACCAGGUGUGCCAGAUGGAAGCGUGGUGGAAGCCAUUAAAACAAUUUAUGGAUUGGCUGACGCUCCUAAGGCUUGGUGGCAGUGCUUUUCCAACAAGUUGAAAUCACUUGGCAUGCGUGUGUCGAAGUUUGAUCCUUGUGUUUUCUACUACUACUCCAACAAAAGGAUCGCAGGUGUCAUCGCUUUGCAUGUGGACGAUCUAUGUGCAGGAGGCAACGAGGACUUCCAGGAGAAGGUCAAGGGUAUUGACAUUUGCAGAGAGCGACGAAGAGAGAGGAGUGAGCCGGUCACGGAAGAUGAAAGACGACAGAUGCGUGGUGUGUUGGGAGGCAUCAACUGGCUUGACUAUGAGCUACGGCAAGACCACGUGUGGAGCUGCAAAAUACCAAUCACAGCUGUGAUUGACUGCAAACCUGUGUUUGAUCAUGUGUCUGGACCGAUGAUAUCGGUAAAGGACAAACGAGUGGCUAUCGAAAUGAUGCUGGUGAAGGAAGACAUUGCAGCGUACAACAUUUCUCUGCGAUGGAUGGCCACCAAACAGAUGAUAGUGGAUGUGCUCACAAAACGUGGCGCGCCAAUGGGUCUGUUCCGUAAGGUUCUUCAACGUGCUGAGUUCAUUUUGAUUGAAGAUGAAGAAGUGGCAAUGUUAGUCAGCAAGAAGAGGCAGUCUUGA